UGCAUUGAAGGAUGUCAGUGAUGGUGCAUGGUGAGAGAUUCAGUUUGUGUGUGUGUGAUUCCUCAAACAGCAGUUCUUUCGUGUUGUUUGGCUGAGCUGUUCAGCCUGAAAGCACUUUUUGCGUCAAGUCAAUUAUAAUUUUUCGUGGUAGAAGGUCAGUAGGAGAGAUUUGGCUUAAAAAAUUGGAAUACCCAAGUUUAUUUGUGUGAUACGCAAAUUUUAACAGUGCAAGAAUUUUUGACAAAAUGAGUGCGAAACAAUUUGAAGGGGUUGUUAACAAGGCUAGAAAUGCUUUUAACUCUGGAAAGACGAGGUCUCUUGAUUUUCGAAUCGAACAGCUGAAAAAUUUCCAACGUAUGAUUGCAGAAUGCAGCGAAGAUAUUUUAGACGCGUUGGCGAAGGAGAUGAAAAAGUCUAAAUUAGAAGCCACAUUGUACGAGCUGGAGAUAAUUACCAAUGAGCUGAAUGCACUUAUCAAGGAUAUGAAAAGCUUGGCGGAGGAUGAAAAAUUACCCGUAAAUCUUUUGGCUGCAUUGGACAGCGCUUAUAUCAGAAAACAACCCUACGGAGUUGUACUGGUUUUGGGAGCAUGGAAUUAUCCAUUUCUUUUAUCUCUCCAGCCAAUGGCAGGAGCAAUGGCUGCUGGAAAUGCUGUAAUUCUUAAGCCGUCAGAGAUGGCCCCACAUUCAGCAAAGUUGAUGGCUGAACUUAUUCCGAAAUAUUUGCAUCCUGAAUGUUAUCAAGUCGUCCAGGGAAAUGUGGAUGAAACCAAGCAACUUUUAACGAACAAGUUCGAUUACAUUUUCUGCACGGGGUCGACAAACGUGGGACGAAGUGUAAUGCUUCAAGCUGCUAAUACCCUGACCCCUGUUACGCUUGAGCUUGGAGGAAAAUCACCCUGUUACAUUGACGAGUCUGCGGAUUUUGCUCUCGCAGCUAAGAGAAUUUUGUGGGGGAAAUAUAUGAACCUUGGACAAACUUGUAUCGCACCUGACUACGUCUUAUGCUCCAAAGAAGCGGAAAAAAUAUUUCUCUCUGUCGCAAAUGAAGUCAUGAAAGAAUGGUAUGGGGACGACCUUCAGGGACAUCAAGACAUUCCAAGAAUCAUCAAUGAGAGGCAUUGUCUUCGCUUAAAAGCCCUAAUGGAUCGCACCAAAGGAAAGAUUGUGUAUGGUGGCAAGGUCGAUGUGAAGGAUUUGUGGAUUGAGCCUACAAUUGUUGUCAAUGUUCUUGCCAACGACGAAUUAAUGAAAGAUGAAAUUUUCGGUCCGAUCCUGCCCAUCGUGUCCGUUAAAUCUGUUGACGAAGCAAUCAAAUUCAUCAAUGCCAAACCUCGACCUCUGGCUUUGUACUCGUUUGCGAAGAAUGAAAAAAUCAAUGAUAAAAUCGUGAGAGAAACGAUAUCUGGAGGCGUAUGCAUCAACGAUGUGCUCUGGCAUAUGGCCUGGAAAGGACUUCCAUUCGGAGGGGUCAAUGAUUCUGGCAUUGGAAAUUACCACGGGAAAUAUUCCUUUGAUACCUUUUCCCAUCACAGAAGUAUCUUGAACAGAUCCUUCAGCAUGCUCAGUGAAAAACUUGGCGAAGCAAGAUAUCCUCCUUACACCGCUGGAAAGAUGAGAUUUUUCCACAUGGUUCUGACCUACUUUGACUUAUUCGACGUCAAAUGUAACCGAUUUUGGACGCACAGUUUUGCCGUGUUGUUUGGUGCUUUAAUUGUUGCCCUGUAUUUCAAUUAUUUGAAGUAGAAUUUGAUCUACAUGCUUUGAUCGCCAAUUUUUGUUUGUUACCACCCCAAAAAGUUUCCAGGUACAAAAUUUCUAUAAUAACAUAUGUACUACCCAGUUGAAUACGCAGAUUGAGACCCAACGAGAUAUAUUUAUGUAUGUAUAUAUAUGGUCGUCGCAAAAUCUUCAUUAUUUUACUAAAACAUCUAUCUUGUCUUUGUCAUCCAAUCCAUGAUCGUUUAUCAAGAGACCCUACUUUUGGAUUUUCUUUUCUUAUUAGAGUGUAUAAAAUUAUAACAAUAAGUGGUGCCAUUAAUUACAAAAAUUAAUAUUUUAUUACACACUUUAUUAAAUAUUGACAAAGAAUUGCUAAUAAAAUUUUAAUAGCUCAAAUGACAUAAUAUGCAUGUAAGUAUAGUGGUGUAAUUUUUACAGAAUUUCAUAGUCACGAUAAUUUUUUCAGACAACACAAAUAGGAUGACACUGAGAUUUUAGACGCAUUGAUAAAUAGAAUACACA